CUUUGGGGAACCUAAGCAACAAGUUGAUCAUUUUAGCAGAAGAAGGGGUUUUUUUAAGAAACAUUGGUAAUUUUUAGGAGAUAUUGGAGAGAGUAAAGGAAGCAUAGGAAUCAUCAUCCCCAAUGUCCCUUAAGAAUCCCCAACUUCUCCUAAAAUGUCCAACUUGUUGAUAAGAUUUCCCAAAGGUAUAAUUUCUCAAGGACCCCCAUGAUUCCUAAGCUCCCAUUACCCACCCCAAUAUCUCCUAAAAAUUCCCAAUGUUCCUUAAAAAUUCCCAAUAUCUCCUAAAAUGUCCAACUUGUUGAUUAGAUUCCCCUUAGGUAUCAUUUCCCAAGGACCCCCAUGAUUUCUAAGUUCUUUUUAACCUCCCCAACAUCUCCUAAAAAUCCCCAAUGUUCCUUAAAAAUCCCCAACUUCUCCUAAAAUAUCCAACUUGUUGAUUAGAUUUCCCAAAGGUAUCAUUUCCCAAGGACCCCCAUGAUUCCUUAGUUACCUUUACCCUACCCAAUAUCUCGUAAAAAUCCCCAAUGUUCCUUAAAAAUCCCCAACUUCUCCUAAAAUGGCCAACUUGUUGAUUAGAUUCCCCAAAGGUAUCAAUUCCCAAGGACCCCCAUGAUUCCUAAGUUCCCUUUACCCUCUCCAAUAUCUUCUAAAAAUCCCCAAUGUUCCUUGCAAAUCCCCAAAAUCUCCUAAAAUGUCCAACUUGUUGAUUAGGUUCCCCAUUAUUCCUAAGUUCCUUUAACCCGCCCCAAUAUCUCAUAAAAAUCCCCAAUGUUCCUUAAAACUCCCCAAUAUCUCCUAAAAAUCCCCAAUGUCCCUUAAGAAUCCCCAAAUUCUCCUUAAAUGUCCAACUUCCAACUUGUUGUUUAGACUCCCCAAAGGUAUCAUUCCCCAAGGACCCCCAUGAUUCCUAAGUUCCCUUUACCCUACCCAAUAUCUCGUAAAAAUCCCCAACGUUCCUUAAAAAUUCCCAAAAUCGACUAGAAAUCCCCAAUAUCCCUUAAGAAUCCCCAACUUCUCCUAAAAUGUCCAACUUGUUGAUUAGAUUCCCUAAAGGUAUCAUUUCCCGAGGACCCCCAUGAUUCCUAAGUUCCCUUUACCCUACCCAUUAUCUUGUAAAAAACCCCAAUGUUCCUUAAAAAUCCCCAAUAUCUCCUAAAAUGUCCAACUUGUUGAUAAGAUUCCCCAAAGGUAUCAUUUCUCAAGGACCGCCAUGAUUCCUGAGUUCCCUUUUCCCCUCCCCAAUAUCUCCAAAAAAUCCCCAACUUCUCCUAAAAUGUCCAACUUUAUGAUUUCAUUCCCCAGAGGCAUCGUUUCCCAGGGACUGCCAUGAUUCCUAAGUUCCCUUUACCCUACCCAAUAUCUCCUAAAAUCUCCAAUGAUCCUUAUGAAUCCCCAACUUCUCCUAAAAUGUUCAACUUGUUCAUUAGAUUCCCCGAAGGUAUCAUUUCCCAAGGACCGCCAUGGCCCCUUUACCGUCCCCAAUAUCUCCUAAAAAUCCCCAAUGUUCCUUAAAAAUCCACAACUUCUCCUAAAAUAUCCAAUUUUUUGAUUAGAUUUCCCAAAGGUAUCAUUUCCCAAGGACCCCAAUGAUUCCUUAGUUACCUUUACCCUACCCAAUAUCUCGUAAAAAUCCCCAAUGUUCCUUAAAAAUCCCCAAUAUCUCCUAAAAUGGCCAACUUGUUGAUAAGAUUCCCCAAAGGUAUCAUUUCUCAAGGACCCUCAUGAUUCCUAAGUUCCCUUUACCAUCCCCAAUAUCUCGUAAAAAUCCCCAAUGUUCCUUAUGAAUACCCAACUUCUCCUAAAAUAUCCAACUUGUUGAUUAGAUUCCCCAAAGGUAUCAUUUCAUUCUUACCGCCCAAUCUCAAGAACGAUAUCAAUGCUAUUCAUCAACACGUGAACUCUCUUGGCUCCGUUGUUUCCAAUCUCAAAACCAAUGACAUGGCUCUUGUGCUUGGCGAUUACAAUCAAUCAGCUGUGCGGUGGAUUUCGUCUAAUACCGGAAGCCCGACGAUUGACGGACACUGUCCGAGUUGCUGUUGAACCAUUAAUUCCCAUCGAUGUUAGUCAUCCCCCGAUUGAAAUGGAUUUAUCUUGCUCGGCACCUAUAGCUUUUGAAGAUACUCAUGAGUUGAACAGCUAUGAUUUCCGCAAAGCCGACUACGUUGCGCUUAAUGAUGCUCUGCUUGCCGCCGACUGGAAUCAAAUCUACUCGUUCCAAAAUGUUGAUGAUGCUGUGGAUUAUUUCUCCGAUGUUAUUGCCAAUGCUAUUGCUGAUCAUGUACCGAUGAAAAGAACCCCGAGAAAGCCAGCGUGGUCCAACAGCAAGCUGAAACGUCUUAAACGACGUCGUUCGUCUGCGUUACGCCGGUAUUGCAACCACCGCUCUGUAGUUCUUAAGCUGCAGUUCAACCUCGCGAGCAGCAGGUACAGGAGAUAUAAUCAACAUCUAUAUGCCCGCUUCAUCAGCAAUACACAGCGUAACUUGCGAUCAAAUCUCAAGCAGUUUUGGUCGUUUGUGAAAACCAAACGUAACGUUGAUGGACGGCAGACAAUUAAACGUUCCAUAAUAAAUUUAAAAUUUCCCAUAAAUAAUUCGAAAAGUCCCAGUGAAGAAACAGGGGGUGUAAGCAGUAAUAAAUAACAAAAGUUCCAUAAACAAAUAGAAAAAUGCAUAAUUAAAUCAGAAGUUUCCAUAAAUAAUUGAUUUUUGAGCAAUUAAAAACGUCAAAAAUGCAAUGAAUAAAUCAACUGUUGCAAUAAAAAAAAGCCAAUUUUCCCACCAAAUAACUUCGAAUUUUCCAUAAAUAAAUCCGAUUUUUACAUAAUAAAUAAGAAAAUUCACAAUAAAAAAAUAUCGAAAAAGCAAUAAAAAAUUCAAAAAAUGCAAUAAAAAAUGACGAAUUUACCCAUGAAAAACAAAUGCAGAAAAGUAUGAGACAGUGAAAUGCUGAAUCGCACUUAUAUGUCUGAAUCGACUGAAAAGCUUGUGUAACUAUGAUUGCAAUUUACCGAGCAAUUGCUUGCUGUCCGAACUCGCUAUCGCUCGUCGGACCUAAAAAAAGGGAUAACAUCUAUGUUUGCAUUAUACCGGGCAAAUUCUUGAAUCUGUGGUUUGCCUAGAACCGAAUCGAUGCAGUUGCGGUGCAUCGGAUAUCGGAAACUUCGGCGGCCUUCUGCCGCCUCAGUUCCUCAAUCCUCUAUGCGGCUUCGCCGCUUGGUCUAUGUAAUUUUUGGCUGAAAAUGCAUUUACGUUUAUUGCUCGUUUUUUGACAUUUAUUGAUAAUUUAUUUUUUGUUAUUGUACUUUUUGAAUUAUUUAUUGCUUUUUCGAUAUUUUUUUAUUGUGAAUUUUCUAAUUUAUUAUAGAAAAAUCGGAUUUAUUUAUGGAAAAUUCGAAGUUUUUUGGUGGGAAAAUUGGCUUUUUUUAUUGCAACAGUUGAAUUAUUCAUUGCAUUUUUGACGUUUUUAAUUGCUCAAAAAUCAAUUAUUUAUGGAAACUUUUGAUUUAUUUAUGCACUUUUCUAUUUGUUUAUGGAACUUUUGUUAUUUAUUACUGCUUACACCCCUGUUUCUUCACUGGGACUUUUGGAAUUAUUUAUGACGAAUGAUCACUUUCUUAUGAGUCGUUUAUAUUUUAGCCUUGAUGGACUGCCAACUACGAUGUACCACGGAGAAUUAUCAGCUGACACCGCCACAGAGAAGUGUGAACUUUUUGCUGCCAAGUUCAGAUCCGCCUUCAACAAUUCUGCAGCGCAACCGUCGCAGACCAUCGUAGCCCUUCGGGAAACUCCUUCCGACGUUUUGGAUUUUGAUCUUUUUGACAUUGGUUAACCCUCUAAUACCCAAUUUUUUUAUUUUGGUCUAAAUAUUAUUUUUCGUCAUCUAAAAUCGAUUUAAACAUGUUUUGGAAGAUGAUUCUUUUUAAUUCUCGAUUUCGUGAAUUUCAGUUUUUGAUUUUUCUAAUUUUUAUUUUUGAACAUCCCCACACUUUAAUAUUUUUCCUGGAAGCCAUUUUGGGGAACGGAUUUUUUGAGAUAAAAACAUUUUGAGAUUUUAUGAUAAUUAAUGAAAUAUUAUUAUUUUAAAUUUUUUUCACAGAAAAUUUUAUUUUCCGUGUAAUUUCAAGGAAAAUAAUUUUAGAGUGUAUUCGAUUCCCUUAAACUAUUAAACAAGGAUAGAAUGAUUUGGGAAAAAUUUAAAAUAUGUUAAUUGUAGCGAUUCAAUACAAAAUAAACAAUGACUUCUAAAAGGUGACUAAAACAUCAAUUUUUCAAUGAUUUUUAAAAAAUGUAAAUACGCUUUAAAAUACACCAAAAACCAUUUUAAGGUAUACAAAACAGUCCUAAAUAUCAGCCAAAAAUAUGAAAAAUUUGAUUUUCCGCGAAACAAAAAUUACAAAAAUGCUCAAACUAUACCCCGUCUAAAGGCGGGAUUGGGUAUUAGAGGGUUAAGAAGAUGUGUCUAACCCCAUUCGGAAACUCAAACUCUCCUUCUCCGCUGGUCCAGAUGGGAUUCCUUCGGCGUUGUUGAAACGAUGUACUUCUGCGUUACUGAAGCCUUUGACAACAAUAUUCAGCCUAUCGUUUCAAAACAGACUAUUUCCGUAGAGCUGGAGGUUUUCAUAUCUGUUUCCAGUACAUAAGAAAGGGGAUCAAUGUAAUGUCGAUAACUAUCGUGGAAUAACCACCUUAUCAACCUGCUCGAAAGUUUUCGAACUCAUUGUCAACAACGUGUUAUUUGCUAAUUGCAAGCAGUACAUAUCUACUGACCAGCACGGAUUCUUUCCAAAAAGGUCAGUCAUGUCGAACCUAUCUCAAUUCACCUCAACUUGCAUACAAGCAGUUGACAAUGGAAAGCAAGUCGGCGCUGUUUAUUUGGACCUCAAGGCCGCGUUCGAUAAAGUCGACCACCAUAUUCUACUGCAAAAACUUGAAAAUUUGGGCGUAUCUGCUGCAGGUGUUGACUGGUUUAGAUCGUACUUGAUGGGAAGAUCGCUUCGUGUGAAAAUUGGAUCCGCUUAUUCUGCCCCCUUCGUCAGCCUGUCUGGCGUACCACAGGGCAGCAAUCUAGGCCCGUUAUUGUUCUCACUCUUUAUUAAUGACGUGACGCUGAUCCUACCAUCUGGUGUAAAACUUCUUUAUGCUGACGACGCGAAAAUUUAUAUGAUCGUAGAGUGCCUUGAUGAUUGUUUUGCUCUCCAGGAAUUGCUUAAACGUUUUGAGCAGUGGUGUGCGGGAAACUGCCUUACACUUAGCAUCGAGAAGUGCCAAGUCAUAACGUUUAGCCGAAAACUCAAACCUAUCAUUUUCGAUUACAAACUCUCCGGAAGAAGCCUCGAAAGAGUUCAUCGCAUCUAGGACUUGGGAGUUACGCUUGACGACCGACUUACGUUCCGGUUUCAUCGUGAUGAGGUCAUAUCCAAAGCUAACCGACAGCUUGGUUUCAUAAUGAAAAUUGCCAAAGGAUUUCAGGAUCCGCACUGCCUGCGAUCACUUUAUUGUGCGUUAGUGCGAUCGAUUUUGGAGUUCGCUGUCGUUGUUUGGUGCCCUUACCAAUCAACAUUUAUAUGGUAUGGUAUACGUGCAAGGUCCUUCUCCUGGACGAACUCAACCACCGUCAAGUGCUGGCUAUCGUCGCCGCCGUCAAGAUGGAAGCAGUUCGUCGCAAAUAGGGUUUCGGAGAUUCAGCACAUUACGAAGGACAGCGUCUGGAACCACGUUGCUGGACUGCAGAAUCCGGCGGAUAUCAUUUCCCGCGGAAUGGCUCCUAUACAGUUGCAGUACAGAUCGCUCUGGUUCAGUGGACCGCAUUGGCUGAGGUCGGACGAAUGCAACUGGCUAUCAACCCCACUGAUCAGUGAAGACGAAUUCGAUCCGAUAGAUCUCGAGGUCAGGGACGUCUCUGCAGUACUUCCAGUCAUCGAACCAAGCGAUGUCUUCAGCCUCCGAUCAUCGUUAAGCAACCUCCAGCGCCACGCUGCAUGGAUUUUACGUUUCCGCAUCAAGUCGCAAACAGAGUUGGCAGACCUGACGACCAGCAGAAGAGUUAGAGAAUCGUCGAAGAUCCUAGCUCUGAAUUCGCAACUCGAAGAAGGAGUACUAUGCGUUGGUGAACAGUUUCGUCCCGCGUCAAUCAAGAACCGCCGCUCAACCCUCCAAAAGGUUCAACGGCACGUCCAGCAGUUGUUGAAAAACUGGUCCAAGCUGUACCUGUCGGAACUCCACAACCGUACGAAGUGGACUGUACAUCGGAACAACGUGGCAGUAGGAACCAUGGUAGUCCUGAAGGAUGAAGAACGACCGCCUCUGAAGUGGCAGCUCGGCCGGGUGACAGACGUUCACGCUGGCGAAGACGGGAAUGUGCGGGUCGUAACAGUCAAGACCAAAGACGGCAGCUACCGCAGAGCAGUAUCGAAAAUCUGCGUUCUGCCCAUCCGUGAUAAUAUUGUAUCGUCGAACGGGGAGAACUAAGGCUCCUCCACCGGCGGAGGUCGAAUCCAUCGGCCUCCGCACACCAGUUAAGUUGUUUGUACAUUGUAAUUUUCCAAAAAGUAACCCGCUCAUUUUUCCCAGUCACGAUCGCCCUUGGCUCCGGUAAUCCGGAGCAGUCUCCAAUCGACCAAUCGAGCCCGUCAAGCGUACCCCUGUCAGUCGAGGUCUGUAUAGUUUCGGUGGUGGCCAGAUGUUGCAUGAAGUCUAGUUCGUUCAAGCAUGAAUAACGUUAGCGGUGUUAAGCGUCAAUUUUUCGGCGCCCAGUCAGACCCUCAUUACAAUCAGCACCAAAUUUGACUCUUCGAGGUAACCUGCAACCGCUUCUGGAAGAGGACAGGAGUGCGCAUCCUGCCCUUGGCGUGUUACAAGUGGUCGUCAUCUAGCUUGGCCAGUGAGAUCGACGUUCACACGUGAACAGAGAGAAGGAUUCCGAUGCCAGCCGGCGUCCGCGGAGGCCAUGAUGGCCUCCGUUCCAGGCAAGUCCUUAUUUAAUUUGAUUAUAAAGGUAAAAAAGCACCCUCUCAUCUGUUUCAGCGAUAGCGACUAUGCAACAUCACCACCGAAAUGAGUCAGCCGAGCAGUCCAAGUUCCGAUGGCAACCCGCCAUCCCAGCACGACAACCCGUCGUUGCAGUUUCCAGUCAGCAGUUCCGACGGCAGUUCCGUCCCAGCACGACAAUCCGUCGUCGCAGAUCCACAUUCACCAGUUCCAACGGUAAUCCCGUUCGUGCGCGACAAACGUUGCCGCAGAUCCGCAGCCAUCAGUUCCGACGGCAGUCCCGUCCAAGCGCGACAUCCAUCGCCGCAGAUCAACCAAUUACCAGUUCCGACGGCGCACUGCCGUCCCAGCUCGACAAUCCGUCGUAGCAGUUUGCAGUCAGUGUGUAUUCAGCCAAGCUUCGUUCAACACCGCAGAGCCAACCCGUCUAUUCUGUACUAGAGUGAGAGGAGCAUCGGUACCGUCCGGUACCCGCGGAGGCCCGCCGGCCUCCGUUCCAGGGAAGUCUUUUCGUAAUGUGAUUAAAAAGAUGAAAAAGCACCCUCUCAUCUCUUACAGCGCUAUAUUUCACCCAUCUCCAACGACAAGUACAAGUUCCGACGGGAAUCUGUCAUUCCUGCACGACAACCCGUCUUUGCAGUUUCGAAAACAUCCGUUUCGACGACAUCCCACCGUCCCAACGCGACAACCCGUUGCCGUAGUUGUUUAGCAGCCAUUCGUACCACCGACAUUCCACCGUCCAGGGCGAGAUUCCGUCGUCGCAGUCCAGCCAUGAUCCAGUCCAGUCAGUACUUCCCACGACCAUCGCCGGCAAUUCGCCAAACGUUCAUCGAGGAAAAUAGAUACAGAACCUGAAAGAAUCGUUCAUCAAUUUCAUAUCCAGCAGGAACGAUCAUUCCUAUACGAAGAAGAUCUGUCACCAGUGCCACCCGGCACGCACGGAGGCCAGGUUGGCCUCCGUUCCAGGCAAGUCGCUUUAAUUUUUGAUUAUAAAGGUAAAAAAGCACCCUUUCAUCUUUUUCAGCGACUUGACCUGCGGCGAGCUGCAGACAACCCGAUCGGCGUAGUAAGCAUACGGCACUCCCACUCACCUGAUUCCUUCCAAGGUCAUUGUCAUCACCAAAUUCCAGUACGUCCUUCGUGUCCGUGAGAUCAGCAGCAUCAGUACCGGUACAUACGAGUUCAUUCGUCCCGAUUCAGCACAUCUUUUAGCGGUGAAAAUGAUGAAAUUCGAUGCACUACGAUCAACAGCUAUGCACUCCGGUCGAGUGCAGCCAAAUUAUAAACAACAACAAACAGUAGAUCAGAAAACUAGGUCAGUAGUAGCACCAGCAACGGUCAGCGAGGUCGACAGUAUAUAGGCCGUAGAGUAUAUAAGAGCAGAAGAAGUGAAACCAGUAGUAGAAUGUUGUGAUCAAAACAAACGACAAAAUUUGUGUAUGUUACAAUAGCAGUAAUUAUUGUGUAAGUUAGAGAGAGAAAGUAAGAGAGCAAUUGAAAUCACAGAUUUCAAGGCGGCCGGCUAAUGUUAGAGCGAGAUACACAAAAACAUCGAUGCCAAGUUUACUUGCGCAUCCCUAGGUAGCCAACCGUGUCCAAACUCUCACUCUCUCUGAAUCGAGCCGAAUCUAAAAACCUUAUAUACCUGCAGCUGGCGAUCGUGUCGCCGGCUGCGUAAUACAUAAGCGAUGAGUAGAGUAGGUAGCAGAUAAACAAAUCAGCUGUUUUGUAAGUCAGUAGAAAUAAACCGCCGCGGAGGAAACAUCUCCUCUUUUCGUUUUCGUAAUAAAGUAGUUUGGUGUUCGCGUAAAUAAAAGUGUUUCCGCCGAUAAUUAACGAGUUUCCAAUCAAGUGUCCGAAAGAACAACCCGCGGCGGGCGCGAACACUUGGAUUCCCGGAAUAGUCUCUAUGGGCAGCACGAUCCUGUUCGAUUUGUGUCGGCUACCUUCAAUGAAGUGUCUCAUUUAUACGACUUCGAUGUGCCAGUGUCUGCUCUUCAGCGACAAUUUUCAGCUCAUUUCAGCAAUGCAAGGAUUUGAAUUCAUCGGAAAAGACCUCAUAUUUUAGUAUAACGACAUCACUGUUAGUUAAGUUUUAGUUCGUAUAGCUUCUAUUGUGUGACUAGAUUGUGUAUGUUCCCGUUUUGCAUUGUUUGUUUUCAUUGUUUUUAUUUUUUAAGAUACAGGGUUUUUAUGCCCCCUUGUUUUCAAUGUGGCUUUUCCCUGUCCAACUUCAUUGAGACAUCAGGUCAGAUGAAGGGAUUCAUAUAAAUAAAUUUUUACAAAGAUUCCCAAGGACCCCCAUGAUUCCUUAGUUUCCUUCACCAUCCCCAAUAUCUCCUUAAAAUCCCCAAUGUUCCUUAAGAAUCCCCAACAUCUCCUAAAAUAUCCAACUUGUUGAUUAGAUUCCCCAAAGGUAUCAUUUCCCAAGGACCCCCAUGAUUCCUAAGUUCCCUUUACCCUUCCCAAUAUCUCCUAAAAAUCUCCAAUUUUCCUUAAAAAUCCCCAACUUCUCCUAAAAUGUCCAACUUGUUGAUUAGAUUCCCCAAAGGUAUCAUUUCCCAAGGAUCCCCGUGAUUCCUAAGUUCCCUUUACCCUCCCCAAUAUCUCCUAAAAAUCCCCAAUGUUCCUUAUGAAUAAUCAGCUUCUCCUAAAAUAUCCAACUUGUUGAUAAGAUUCCCCAAAGGUAUCAUUUCCCAAGGACCCCCAUGAUUCCUAAGUUCCCUUUACCCUCCCCAAUAUCUCCUAAAAAUCCCCAAUGUUCCUUUUUUUUUUUUUUUUAUCUGUAUUAACGAGAUUUUUAGCCCUUGGCUAGUUCAUCUCGGGACCCACGCUUUACUUCCCUUCCGAAGGAAGAACUCACAUUUUGCGAGUUUGUCGGGAGUGGGAUUCGAUCCCAGGUCCUCGGCGUGAUAGUCAAGUAUUCUAACCAUCACACCAGGUCCGCUCCACC